GAGCAACUAACUUAUUAUUUCACAUCUUCCAUACUAUCAAAAAUCAAAUUUGAGAAUUCUAUUUUGGUUAAUCUGGUAAGUGAAAUUAAUCACCCGAUUAUUUGUUAUCGCGAAUUUUAACCUUUUAAUUAGAGUUAUUACUUACUUUUACGUUUUCUCUAGUAUUGAUAUGGCAGUAAUAUCUAUUCCUAGUAGCACCACAAUGUUUCCAAUGCCUCAACAAGUAUUGAGACAAAAUAAAGAGGUUGUUAUGGCUGAGGAAAUGGGUUGCGCUAGAAUGCUCACCUUGAAUCGGCCUGAUAAUUUAAAUUAUAUAUCAGCCAAAGUGGCAUUAGCACUCGGGCAGAACUUUGAGAAAUAUGAGAAUGAUGAUAAUGCUGAUUUUGUAAUCAUCAAGGGGGCUGGUCGUACUUUUUCUGGUGGUGGAGACUUACAUAUGUUCUAUGAUGGACGAAACACAAGGGAUUCUUGCAUUGAAGGUACUUAUAGAAUGUAUUGGCUUUGCUACCACAUUCAUACUUACAAGAAACCACAUAUUGCUCUUGUUCAUGGAAUGUCAGUGGGUGGGGGUGCAUCCUUGAUGACUCCAAUGAAAUUCUCCGUCGUUACUGAGAAAGCGUUUAGUUCUACUCCUGAAAUAAAUAUAGGGUUCCAUCCAGACUGUGGCUUUUCAUAUAUGCUUCCGCGUCUUCCAGGCCGACUAGGGGAAUACUUGGGCUUAACAGGAGAAAAACUAAGGGGUAAAGAAGUGGUUGCUGCUGGACUAGCCACUCAUUAUGUUCCUUCACAGAAAUUAUUUCAGUUGGAGAAGCGUUUGGUGAGCCUAAAAAAUGGUGAUGAGGAUACAAUUAGAUCAGUCAUCAAUAAAUUUUCCUCAAAUAUUCAAAUUGACGAAAGAAGUAUCUUGAACAAGUUGUCCAUAAUCAAUGAGUGUUUCUCUAAGGAUUCUGUGGAGGAAAUUAUUGAGUCAUUUGAAGCUGAGGCAAGCAAAAAAGGAAAUGAUUGGAUUAUGCCAGUACUUAAAAGACUAAAGAAAGCAUCUCCAACAUCAUUAAAAAUAACAUUGAGAUCGAUACGAGAAGGAAGAACACAAACUAUAUCUGAAUGUUUGAGGAGAGAAUUUAGAAUUUCAAUGAACAUACAACGAACCAUAAUAUCUGGUGACUUUUAUGAGGGCAUAAGGGCUCAGGUAAUUGACAAGGAUAAGUCUCCAAAGUGGAACCCUUCAACUCUUGACAAAGUGCUUGAUGAUCAACUUGACCUAAUCUUCAAGCCAUUUGAAGAUCAUGACUUGGAACUUCAAAUUCCUGUUGAUGAAGAAGAAUUAUACAGGUUUGAAUAUUGGAGUGAUCAUAUAUCAGUUGCAUUUUAUCCAACAAUAGAUUUUGCAAUAUAUAUAUUAUUAUUAUUUGAUAGCCAUUAAUCUUGCAUAUAUUUGAUCUAAUAAUUAACAGGUGGAGAGGAAAAUAUGAAAAAUUCCAGCUAUUCUCAUCUCAACCAAGUGAACGUCAAAAGGCACUCCGAUCAGUGUCGUCUCGUGAAAGUGUCUUUGUAUAACUUGUUUUUUGUUAUUAGUAACAUACAACAAAGUA